AUGGUGGAAACAAAGUUUCCGAAGCUACGCACGUCAGUACCUGCCUCAGAGGCCAAUCUCUGGGAGCCGGAGCUCCUGAACGAGUCAUAUAAAGAGAGUGGCCCGCGCAGUCUUUGGGUAGACUACUGUAUGAACAGUACGAUCCAUGGGUUUAAGUACCUUGUAGGCAAUAAGCGGACAACUAUUGAGAGAAUCUGGUGGAUUGUUGUGUGUCUGCUAUCACUGUACGGUUGUGGAACACUCAUACACAGUGUCUACAUAAAGUGGGACAAAGAACCAGUUGUGGUAACGUUCGGAGAGAAGCCAGUCCCCGUGUUUACAAUUCCCUUUCCAGCGGUAACGAUCUGUCCCGAGACAAAGGUGCGCAAGAAGGAUCUCGACUUCACGACCGCUUAUCAGCUGUACAAUGAUGAGGAGUUGUGGCAAUUUAUGGCAAAAGCUUCAGUUUUUGGUAUACUGAGCGCCAUUUGCUUAUUCUACUCCAGAAUUGACAAGCUAGAGGCCCUGCUGCAGGUGUGUGACUUUUCGUUCGGCAUCGAGAUGAAUAACGAAUCGUACGCGGACGACGUGGUACCGCUCCUGCAGCGCAUGGCAAUACCGUUCGAGGAUAUGUUUUUGCUGUGCGGUUGGCGAGAGCAGGUGAUCGAUUGCAGCGACUUUUUCAAGCAAACGCUCACCGAGGCGGGAAUUUGCUACACCUUCAACUCGCUCGCUGCGGACGAUCUGAUGCGGCGCGAUCAGCUGCACUCGGAGUACGAGUACAUGGCGGAGAAUCAAUCCUCCAAGCAGUGGAACAUGGACGAAGGGUACAGUAGCCGGGCCGGGGGAGACACGUACCCAAGGCGUGCCUUUGGAGCAGGAAGACGCGCCGGGUUGUUUGUCAUAACGAAGGUUCAGAUAUCGGAUAUGGACUAUAUGUGUGGGAACUCAUUCCAAGGGUUUAAGGUGCACCUACACUCACCGGUACAGUAUCCAAGGAUGGUGAACGAGUUCUUUCGCAUCCCGCUUAGCCAGGAAGUGUCCGUGUCGGUGGAACCGCUCCUGUUCGACACCACUGCCAAUGUGCGACGGUAUGCUCCAAGUCGGCGGCUCUGUUACUACAAUCACGAGCGAUACCUGCGCUAUUUCAAGGUGUACUCCAAGUACAACUGUGACAUUGAGUGUCUUUCCAACUAUACGCUGAAGACUUGCGGUUGCGUACCGUUUCCGUUGCCUCGCACCAAGGAUGACAGGAUCUGUGGGAUGGGCAAGGCUAGCUGUGCCGAUAUGGCACUGUCCGUGCUGGAGGAGAUGGACCUGCUGCAUGAGCUAAACAAAACCGACAAUUUUCUGGAGCACUGCAACUGUUUGCCGUCCUGUAAUGCACUGUUCUACAACACGGAAAUAUCGCAGGCAAUGUUCGAUUGGAGAAAGCUGGCGGAGAACAUUCAUCUCAUCGCUGGCGUGGAUGACAAUACGGAACUGUCCUAUCUUUCGAUAUACUUCAAAGUGUCGCGCUUCAUCCCGAUCAAGCGGAGCGAACUGUUUGGCAUCAGUGACUUUCUCGCCAAUUGCGGCGGCGUUUUGGGCCUGUUCAUGGGCGUCAGCAUACUGAGCAUCGUCGAGCUCGUCUACUACUGCACACUGAAACCGCUCAUUGCACGCACCAGAUCCGGCAACGAUCGGGCCGAAACGGCCAGGGCGGUCAAAUCGACGCUCAUUCUUCCACCGCCCGAGUACGGGCUGGCGGGCGACAUUCGUAUUCGCAAAGCCUCCACCAACAAGUGGUAA